AUGUCUAAUAACAACGCCAGCAACAACUUAAUCAUCGCGCAAAGGGCCGUUAAACAGCUCCGGUUGGAGGCCAGCAUCCGAAGGAUCAAGGUGUCCCAGGCUGCCGCCGAGUUGAGAAACUUCUGUCUGCAAAAUGCCUCCAAGGACCCACUUUUGGUUGGUGUCCCCUCAAGCGAUAAUCCCUAUAGACCACCAAAGUCUUGUUCCCUGUUCUGA